AACCUGAUGCGCGAGCUCAGUUGUUAUGAAGCUACUUUAACGUAUCUGUAACGAUUACGAUAACAACAACAACAACUACAAAAAGUCCAGCGAGGAUUUUUUAAAAAUAAUAUUUUGGACAAAGUUAAAAGAAGAACCUGAAGUCUAUCAGAUAUGGAAGAAGGCGAGACCGUAUCGAUACUUUCCAGAAAGGAGCUGCGUAAGCAGAAGUUGAUGGAAUACUUGGCAGCAAAAGGAAGGCUGAAAUUGCCCAACCCAAAGCCAUACCUACGUGAUGGCUGUCAGGUUAAGGGACCUGUGAUAUCUGCACCAAAGGUUGUUAAAGGAAAGGAGAAUAAGGUUCCAGCAGACACAUCAAAAUAUGAAGGCAGAAAAAUUCAAACUUUGGCUGCCCAAUCUACAAAACACUCUGCCAGAAGAGCAUUUGGUGUCACUAACAAACUUAAUGUAAAAAGCAACAUCCCGCCGGUACAGCAGAAUGCCAAAUUUCCAUCUGCAACCAGUGGCCCAGCACAGCCAGAACUUAAUCAAAACCAAGUGCUCACAGGAAAAGGCCCCACUGUGUCCUCCAAAUCCAGCAUGAGUGCAGUCAGCCAUCUCAAAAAGAAGCAAGUCGCAGGGAUGCAGUCUUCAGGCAGAGCCACUUCAAUUGCAGCUUCCAACAGCACAUUCAGAAACCGUUCAAAUGCUCCCUGGCCAGGUACAGUGAAGUCUGCCAUUGGUCAGCCUGUCAGUGUCAGGAUGAGUCUCGGGCCCAUUGUCAAAACAAAAACAGGACUUGUUCCUGCAGUGACCCAGCCAAGAAACACAAACUCACAUUUAACACGCACCUUUGCCCCAACAGCUGAUACCACCACUGCUGCUUCUGUUUCUAAUAAGGGGCUAUCUAGUGCCUCAUCAUCAGUUUCUACUUCCCAGAAAUCUGCCAUGGGUCACAGGAAACCACUUCCUAACACUGCUCUAAACAACCCUGCUAAUGAGAGAGCAGCCGUUUCUUUGACUGCAAGCGCUGGGAUUAAAGUUGAAGAACAGAACAAGUCCAAUGCAAAACCACUUUUGGGUAAACAGUCUCAGCUAUCUUGUAACCGUCAGCUACCAAGUGGACUGAAAUCAGUGCCCAAGUGCACGGUGGCAUCUAUUAAGCCAGAGAGGAGAGGAGGGAUAUCAAACACUAAUAAAUCAGGUGGUGAGCCCACAGACAGGUCCACAAGGCAGAAAUCUGAGGGUGCAGGUGAGAAAAAGGGAAAACCAUGCAAAGUUCCCUCCCAAACAUCCUUGAAGCCAGCAAGCAGGGGCAGUUUCAGACCGGUUAGCGGCAUUAUGAGAGCUGCUGUGGUUGAACUGGGAGGGAAAACCAAGACAUGCGAACAGACACAAAGCAAAAGGGGACAUAGAUCAUCAAAUGUCCCUCCACAACAAACAACCGCUGCUCCGGUGAUUUCACAGACGGUGCCACAGCCUGCCAGGACCAUUAGACUUACAUGCCAAACCACAUACAAGACAAAGACGUCAAAGGUCCCGGUCAGCAUCACACCCCAUACUGAAGGAAAGAAAGUGACUGCUGCCCAAGAGGAAAGACUGAGAAAACUGCAGGAAUGGCGGGAAGCCAAGGGGAUUUCCUACAAGCGUCCUCCAAUGCCAGUGAAACCUCAGGUCAGGCGCACGGUGGCUGUGCCCCAGCCUUUCUGGACCACCUUGAAGGAGGAAGAUGAGGCCCACUCACUCAUCUGUGCUGUGGACAGGUCCUUGGCUGACUGCAUCAAGUUGCUUGGAGAGGGCUGCCCUCCAGACCAGGUGAAGGAGGUUCUUUUGCGGCUGCCGGCGGUGUCCCAGAAGUUUGCCAAAUACUGGAUCUGUCGGGCCCGUCUGAUGGAGCAGGAGGGCAACCUGGAUGUCCUGCCCAUGUUUGAAGAGGCUGUUCGUGUUGUGUUGGAGCCAGUAGAUGAACUGCGGACUGUGGUAUUUGAGAUUCUGAAGAAAAAGGAUGAGAUCCAAGCAUCUGAGGCCCAUGAGAAAAAGGAGGACCAAAUCCCAACAGUUGAGAGCUCUCCUGAGAGUAGCAGCAACCCAAUGAUGACCCCUAAACCCGUCAGAGUCCUCAUCUGUGGGGAGAGAGGAGACUCAUCUGUGGUCAAGUAUAAGAUCACAGAGACUCCUGGUGGCCCUCCGAGCCAACAGAGAGAACCAGCACUGGUCAAUGGACAGGAGGUUCGCUUUUUCACCCCGGUUAGACGCUCCGUGCGAAUCGAGAGAGCAUCACUCCGAUACCCCGCGUCCCUCCAGGACCAUGAUCUCUGCGUGGCCUCCUACAACGACCUGAUCUCUGAAGGGGAUACAGAGAAGAGUGACGAGCAGGAGGGCAGGGAAACCAGCCCAUCUGUUGACGACACACCGAUGUACAUCUACAGACAGAACGAAGCACUUAAAGACAAAGUGUUCGUCCAACUAGUCUGCGAUUAAGGUAUUUAGCCUCGGGUGUUUACUUCACCUCCACCAAUUUGUAGUUAAGACAAAAUUCAGAUGGUCAUCAUUUGUCACAGUUCACAGAGCAGGAAAAAAAAAGUAAAACGUGUAUAUGUGUUGUCAGAUUUCAGCCUUUCUCUGAAAAUAAGGUGAAUAUUAUCCUC